AUUUUUCAAAAUUUUCAAGCAGCCAUCCGGGUAUCAUUGUCACAGCAACUGUCCUUGAGUCCAUCUCUCAUCCCUUGUCAGCCUGCAGGCGCAUCAUUCGUUUCUUCGCUUAAGCUUUCCAUGUGCAAGAACUCAGACUGACACAACCCCCAGAUGAUCUACGAAACAACAUCUCUCGGUCCCGCCCCUCACGUGAUUCACCACCCCUUUAUUCUCCCUGGAUUUCGCCAACGUGACGAGAAACACGUGAUAUCGGUCGUCUCUUGACAAACCAGUCCCCCUUCUCUGUCACAAUGGCCGACCAGGACUCGGACCCAGAAACGCUCGACCUCUUCGCUGAGCCUGCAGACUACUGCCCACCACCCCCAAAAGCCACAGCUCAAACGCACACCCUCCUCUCAGGCCGUACCCUCACCAUCCACCUCGUCGGCCACAAUCCUCUAUGGGGGCACCACCUCUGGAACGCCGGCCGCCUAAUCUCCACCUACCUGGAAUCACACCCCACCCUAAUCAUCUCCAAAACCGUCCUAGAACUCGGAGCCGGAGCCGGCCUUCCCAGCCUCGUCUCUACAGAAAUCGGUGCAAGAUUCGUUGUGGUAACGGAUUAUCCGGAUCCGGAUCUGGUGCAGAAUUUAUGGGCGAAUGUGGAGGAGUAUUAUGGAGGGAAGGGAGAGGGAGAGGAGAGGAGGAUUGUGGCGGAGGGAUAUUGUUGGGGUAAUGAUGCAGUGCCAUUGCUUGCUCAUCUCCCUUCGUCUACGUCAAAAACUCCUGGGUUUGAGGUUCUGAUUUUGGCGGAUCUCCUGUUCAAUCAUUCUGAGCAUGGGAAGUUGGUCGCGACGAUAGAAGCUACGUUGCAGAAGACGGAGGAAGCGAAAGCACUGGUGUUCUUCACACCGUAUAGACCGUGGCUGUAUGAGAAAGACAUGGCUUUCUUUGAUCUAGCGAGGCAGAGGGGAUUCGUGGUUGAGAAGGUGCUGGAGGAGAAGAUGGAGAAGGUGAUGUUUGAGAGCGAUCCUGGGGAUGAAGAGUUGAGGAGGACCGUCUUUGGGUUUGUGGUUAGAUGGAAGUUAUAGGGCUGGCGAGGCUAGUUGUCAUUGUUUAGGUGAAAUUGUUUGAGACGACAAGGUCUCGUUUGUAAAAGGGGAAGCUUAGCGAGCCCUUCUCGCUUCACUCUUGGCUGGGCAGAAGGAGCUCAAACACAAUCAUGGUCUGAGAUUAGAACAAAAGAACGGACUGUAGAGAUCCC